CUUCACUGAAGACUUCAGCAGGGGGAGGUCCAGGAGGGCAGCAGAGCCAGCUAGCACGCAGACGCUACUGGGGGCGUUUUCUUUUAUUGUAGUAGAACUUCUCGUGGCCUUCUUGCUCCUCACGUCCUCUCUUUCGCCCGGUGCUUAGGGAGCACGAUGAGCACGCUGCACUUACCGCAGCUGAACUGCUGCCAGCAGCGACUCGGACAAGGUAUAGCUUGCUCUACAUCCCCCCUGCAUCCAUCAAAAGCUGACCUGAAAUAUCUGUGGUGUGAGAAAGGUCGUAACUUUGUUGAGCGGCCUGGGGGGUCCAGAUCAAUCCUUUCACGCCACCACUUGCGGUUCCGCCUUCCCCAAUGCACAUUGAGAAAAGGGUUGCUACCUAGAAAUGGUUGGAAACACUUUAGUAUUGCAGCUCUGCACAGCCAUAGGACUUUGAAAAGUGUUACUUAUUGCAGCCAGCUCUUUGGCACUCCCUUGACCUCCGGUGGGCACAAUCGCAGUCCCGCAUACACAUUUCCGGGCCGUAUGAACGCCAGUUUCUCCAGAAUACUAAAUAGAAAGGCCCUUGUCUUCACCCCACUGGCAAAGUCAACCGUAGAAGACGCAGUCACUUUGGAGAAAGCUCCAAGCGCAGCGUCUUUGAAGCAAGCCCCCAUCCCGACCUUCGAAGACUUUGUAGCUGCGGGCACUGAAAAGGGCGUGGAAAUAUCCCUAAACACUCUCGGGCCAGUCUUUUGGAUUGAGGCGAAAGCGGCAGUCGAUGGAAUUGGCGGUCCUGCAGGGAAGUUGCUGGGAAGUGUAAACGGCUUUGUGCUGCCAUGGCCAGGGGGGAACCUUCUGCACCUGGAUACGAUGCGGGUGGCCAGGGAGGUCCGCCAGUUACUCGAGCUUUCGCUGAUCUUGGGAGGUGCGAUGCUGCGGCAUGGGUACGACCGAGGCUGUAAAAAAGCGGAGCUACUAGCCAUCAAUGACACGGACGUUUUCCAUCGAAAGUUGGUCAACUACUACCGCCGCAUAGGCUUCACGAAGGUGCAUGAGGUCACCGGCGGAUUGAGCGACAUUCCGCACAUGCUCGUCUGGGGGGGCCUCGGCACGAGAAUGGACGCCGACAUAGAAACGAUCCUCAGAAAGUGGUCGAAACGAUUUGCUAGAGGGUCCAGCGGAACGAUAGGGGACGAGACUGACGACCGGACAAUGGAGCGGACACAGUAAAGAAACCCGGGUAACAGCAUGUUAUGCAAUUUAUCUAACGUUGGAGCCGUAGGAAGCUG